AUGUACCUCGACUCCCUGCUGCUGCCAACCGACACAAAAGAAAUGCGGAAGAUUGCAAAGACAAUGGACAAGACCUCAUUACCACGAGCAAACCAUCUCAAAGAGAGUGACCUAGCGAAAAUAGCUAGAGCAGACAUGAAAAGGGACGGAAAAGCACGACCAGAUGACUAUGAAUUUGGCAAAAUACAGGACAUAGUUUGCACAAGGUACCUGACAGACAACGCGACCCUGCAGACACUAGAGCAAGCAGAUCCAACAGCCUCAAGUAGACUAGCCGAUGCCAACCGCACAAAUGAAAUCAUAGCCACAACAGAACCAAGAGAAAGGAGAAAAAAAGAAGAAGAAGACGAAGAGAGGAAGAGAAGAACAAAAUCAAGGGACAUAGGCAUUGACAAGAACAAGAUAAAGCGGCAAAAACAGGAACGUACCAAUAGCACGCCAGGCCACGAUGAACUCCAACAGCAGGAUGGUGUCAACAACCCCAAAAACACAAAUGAACGGAACAAACAAAGCAACCUCACAACAGACAAUCCUACAACAACAACUACCCCAACACAAGCACAAGAUACGAUCAACGUCAGAACCUGUGAAGAGACUCAGCUGAAGAACAAUCAAGUCAGCAGCCCCGCCAACCAAAUGCAAGACGCUAACCCACAAUCAACCAUUAGCAUAACAAACGACAAAGAAGAAGAAAACAACGAGGAGAAGGUAUCACAAGCACUGCAAGACCAAGAGACAACCCGUGUUGAAAUUGAACCCCAUAGUGAACCUCAAACAGACGAAGGCGUCACAGAACAGGAACUUUGUGUACAAGAGAUUUCCAGCGCCACAACAUUGCAGAUCACCAUCACGA